AUGGAUUGGGAUUGGCAAGACCAAGCCAAGCCCAUGAUGCACACCAAGUUCUCCAGCUGUCGCGGCGUCUCCUUCGAGCUCAAGCCGUCGCCGGGCAGCCCGCUCGCCCUCCAAGCCGACGGUCAUUAUCCGCCCCGGCCGCCGCCGGACGCCCCGAGCGCCGGCCGGUGGGUCUGGCUGCCGCAGUCGUUCAGCCGCGCCCCCUCCAAGAUCUUUCCUGCCGUUUUUGGCAGGUCAAUGAGCCGCGCGAGCAGCCACUUCUGCGACCUCGACGACGAGGACGCGGGUGAUGAGCCCGUUCACGCCGGCGCCGACGAGGAGAUGGCCGUCGUCACCGCGGCAGCAGCGGCCGCCGUUGAUGAUGUGCCGAGUAAGAAGGCGAGCGCACCGGCGUCGGCGAAGAAGGCACCAUCCGCGCGCUCGAGGCUCGGCGUCAUACUGCUCGACCAGGGCUUGUUCACCGUGUACAAGCGCCUCUUCGUUCUGUGCGCCGCGCUGAACACGGUGGGGCUCGUGCUCGCGGCGACCGGACACUUCCCUUACGCCAGGGAGCACGCCGCCGUCUUCGCCAUGGGCAACAUCCUGGCGCUCACGCUGUGCCGCUCCGAGGCGGUGCUGCGGGUCGUGUUCUGGCUCGCCGUGACGCUCUUCGGCCGGCCGUGGGUGCCAGUCGUCGUCAAGACCGGCGUGACGGCCAUCCUGCAGUCGCUAGGCGGCGUGCACAGCGGCUGCGGCGUGUCGUCGCUGGCGUGGCUGGCGUACGCGCUCGUGCAGGCGCUCCAGCAACGCGACGUGACGCCCGGCGAGGUCGCCGGCGUCGCGUCAGCAAUACUCGGCCUGCUGGCGCUCUCGUGCAUGGCCGCGUUCCCUCUGGUGCGGCACCUCCACCACAACGUGUUCGAGCGCACGCACCGGUUCGCCGGCUGGAGCGCGCUCGCUCUUCUCUGGGUCUUCGUCGUGCUCUCCGCCGGCUACGACCCAGUGACCGCAUCCUACGACCGGCUCACCGGCGCCGUCCUCGUCAAGCGCCAGGAUCUCUGGCUCGCCGCCGCCAUCACCUUCUUCACUUUCCUGCCAUGGCUCACCGUGCGGCGCGUGCCGGUCACGGUCACCGCUCGUUCCAACCACGCAUCGGUCAUAACCUUCCAGGGCGGCGUCAAAGGCGGGCUGCUCGGCCGCAUCAGCCGCUCUCCUCUCUCGGAGUGGCACGCCUUCGGCAUCAUCUCCGACAACGAAGAAACACAUGCCAUGCUCGCCGGCGCGGUGGGCGACUUCACCCGGGCUCUCAUCUCUGACCCACCAAAACACCUCUGGAUGCGGGGCGUCCACUUCGCCGGGCUGCCCUACCUCCUGAACAUGUACCGGCGAGCGACGAUGGUGGCGACGGGCUCCGGGAUAUGCGUGUUCAUGUCGUUCCUGAUGCAGCCCGGCCCGGCGGAGCUGUCGCUGGUGUGGGUGGCCAAGGGCAUCGAGGCGAACUACGGCGAGGAGAUGAAGGCGGCGGCGUACAGCAGCGAGAGGCUGCGCGGGCGGGUGAUCGUGCACGACACGGCGGUGAUGGGACGGCCGAACGUGGCGGUGCUGGCCGUGGACGCGGCGCGGCGCUGGGGAUCGGAGGUGGUGGUGGUGACGAGCAACCCGGAGGGGAGCAGGGACGUGGUGACGGGGUGCCACAAGGCCGGCAUCCCCGCGUUCGGGCCGAUCUGGGAUUCUUGAUCCCACGUUGAACGCUCGGACGCUGGAGCUUCCGUUCGUCAACUGCACGGAACGAAGCAACAAGACACUCACUGUUCGGCUUUGUUUGUCGUCUACAGCCUCUAAUAUGCAACUUUUUUUUGCACGUCUAA